UUGCAUUCAUUAUAGCAGUGCACGAGUUAGUGUGCACUUGCAGCGCGCCCCGAUCCGCCAUUUGGCAAGAAAACACGGGUUAGUAUAAUAAGGAUGAGACACGGAGCUCAUCCAUAUUAGAAGAGUCUUUAAUAAACUCAGACCGUAAAAGACACUCCUCCUGCUCCCGGCUCCCACUGCUCCGCCGCUUCCGUACUGAGUCGAUGCGCGGGAGGAAACACAUAGCCCCAUCUUUAUCAGCAUCAGCAUCGCCUUGACAAGACAAAGAGAGCCCAGCGAAUGAAGAUGUGCUCCAAUAGCAGGAGAAGCCAGUCUUAAAGUCACUAUUUCUGCAACCGUGCCCGCCCGGAGGCAGACAGGCACCGGUCCUAGGAGACUCUUUGGGGAUGCGCAAAGAUGUGAGUAAAGAGUGAGAGGCAUUGUGAUUGGCCAUACUCCUUCUAAAAGCAUCAGCAUCAUGUUUGCUCCAGCCAAAGCAUCAACGAGGUGCCAUCAAACUUGAAGGAGACGUGUUCUCGGUCUGCGCAGUUGAUGCGUUCACAGCGUCAACCUUUAACUUGCAUCAUUCCCCCCCAAAAGAGGAGGACGCGCUGUCCGUAGUGCUGAAACAGAAAGACUUGGCGGAUCAACUAGUGAAGAAGAGGGAGACGCUCUCACUUCGCUCACCUGCUUCUGAGCUUCCGUGGUAUUUGGCACCUUCAGUAAGAUGCUGUGUUCAUCCUGGGAGGCUCAGAGGCUGGCAGGGGACCAGCGGAGCGAGGACAUUGCACUCCAGAUGGCCCAGAGAGGCCAGAGGAAGAGACCUGUCCAAGCCCAGCUGGGGAACUGAUCACAUUGUCGUCUGACUGUGCCUCAUCAUGCCGUGGAUGAAGUUAAAGAUGGUGGUGGACUCCCUGCGUGGACGGAGAAGGAGGCUGCCCUGUUACCUCUGGUUCCUCCUGCUGUUCGCUGCUGGAGGUCUGGUUCUCUUCAUCCACCAGCGAGAUCUGUCAGAAAUGGUCCAGCAACAAGCCCCAGGUGUGAAGCUUGGAAGCACUCAACGGCAGUCCAGAGAGACUCUUUCCAUGCAAGACAAAGACAGAGGCAAAUCUGAUAAUUAUCAGCUACAAGAAACAGACGACAUCUUGUCCAGCCCAAUCCCUCCAAUGCAGUUCCCACACUUUGAGGAGAGUAGACAGGCGGCCACCCUUGGGUCUCUGGAGCAGAGUAGACAGACGGCUAUCCCUGGGUCUCGAGAGCAGAAUAGACAGAUGCUCACCACUUGGUCUCGGGAGCAGGACAUAACCUCCCUUCAUGUCUCUAAAAGACACCGCAAACUGCUGAAAACAAGUCCUCCAAUCCAUCACACCACCAAAAAGGAUUCCUCAUCCCCUUCUUCUCCCUUGUCCUCUUCUUCUUCCUCCUCCUCCUCAUCCUCAGUUUCCUCCCCUUCUGUCUUUGGCUCUUCCAUCCUUGACAGGUGGAAAAAGCUUGCCGAUAUUCAGGUUGCACGCCGGCAACUGAUGAAGGAGAUCUGUGCCAAGUACAAAAGCAACAUCUCCAAGACCAUCACAGGUCAUCAUGUGAAAAACCUCUUUGUGGAGGACAAGUACAAGUUGUUGUACUGCCAGGUGCCGAAGGCGGGCUGUUCCAACUGGAAGAGGACCCUGAUGGUGCUGGCAGGCAUGGCCCCCAAUGCUCAGAGCAUUAAACACGACACAGUACAUGACGGCAACCAUCUCAGGGAGCUUAGAACCUUUGACCACAAAGGAGUCAUGCACCGUCUGGAGACCUACACCAAAGUCAUGUUUGUCCGAGAGCCUUUAGAGAGAAUAGUGUCAGCUUAUAGGGACAAGUUUGAAAAUCCUAACGACUACUACCACAACCUGUUUGGGAAACCCAUCAUCUCCAAGUACAGGGCGAACCCAUCCGCUGAGGCCCUAAAGACAGGCAAUGGGGUCACGUUCAAGGAGUUUGUCCAGUACCUGCUGGAUGUCCACCGGCCCGUGGGAAUGGACAUCCACUGGGAGCAGGCAAACCAGCUCUGCAACCCUUGUCUCAUAGACUAUGACUUCAUCGGCAAGUUUGAGAGCAUGGAGGAAGAGUCCAACUUUCUCCUGCGAUUGACUGGGGCACCACCCAACGUCAAGCUGCCCAGUUUUAAAGAUAGGAACCCAGCUGACAAGAGAACAUCUACGGAGAUCACAGAAAAAUACUUUUCACAGGUCAGCACGUUGGAGAGACAGCGUAUCUAUGACUUCUACUACACAGACUAUCUGAUGUUUAACUACACCAAGCCUUUUAAAGAUUUAUAUUGACUGACUCUAAUCAACUCUUGAAUCACAGUCACAUUUCACAUCUACAUCUCUACCAUGAUAGUAUUAACAUCAAGAUGCUAACUCGCACGCUCACAUGGAUCUUUGCAUCGAAGCAGACGGAUCAGAAACUAAACUUCCUCUGAUUUUGCUUUUUAUGGAUACAUUUCUACCAGAUAAUCUUCAUUUUCAGACAAAUAUGAGAUGAGAUGAAAAGGUUCAUGUGAUUCCAAUUAUUUUAAAUUGGCCUGAAAUGGUAAUUGGUUAUUUAUUCAAUGCUAGCACAUGGUGAGGUAGAAUAUUAAAAUAAUAAAUGUUAUGCUUCUAAAAAACAAGUGUAUUAUUGUUCAACUGGAUUUAAAUUACGGUAUGCCUUACUGUAAGUCAAAUAGGAUUUGCAUAUGUGUUUUAUGAUUUGAUUUAACAUAGGCACCACCUGGGUGCACUUUAAUAUAGCUUCUAAUCACAUUGCUAAAGAAGUGCCAGAAGUGAUUUCACUAUACAGAACAGUAUGUUAUGUAAGUCCCUAUAACCUACCUUUAGAAUAAUGAUAUCAAAUUUAUGAAUAGUUUAUCUAGUCCUUGGUUGACCUCAUAUUAAGAUCAAGUAAUGAUCACCACCAUGUACUGCAAUUUGUUCAUCUGAACUCACUGCAUUUUAAUUGUACAGUAAUUUAUUUGAUAUAUUUGCAUUUACUAUUUGACCUACAGCAGGUUAGGCAUCAGUAUACCUCUAUGUAUCAGUGCAUACUAAUACAGAUAUUUCAUGUAAAUGGUUUUACUAAACAUAAACCAUAGCUAAAUUAAAAACUAUAUAUUGUAUACAUCUUUAAAAUGUGUCAAGUGUUGCCCACUCUAAAGCUGUGUGCACUUAUUGUAGCAUUUUUGUAUUUCUAACUUUGUUGGUUAGGUUUGUUGGGAGGACAUCCAGGUAUUUGCAGGGUACAAAGUGUUGCUGACAAUGCCUCCUAAUGCCUGUCAGUGUUAAAGACUUACUAAUCAUUCCGUUUUAGAGCCUGUUGAUGGAGUUGGCAAGCAAAUUGGUAAAAGUCAACAAAAAACAACACAAAAACAGAUGUUAAGACUUUGUAUUAUGACAAAUGUAUGGUUUGGACAUUUUGAGGAUGAGAAAAUGAAAAGAGUGUGCCCAAACUUCUCCAUCCGUCACACUAAACACCCCCUGAACUGCUAUCACGUACGAAUCUCAAACUUUCAGUAAUUCCAUAGCGUCUGUAGUUAUCACAUCUAUUCUACAUCACCAUAUAGGCUUUUUUCGGACACUACUGUGUACAAUUGUACAAAGUAUAAUGGGCAUUCAGAUGACUAUAUAUUUUUCUAUGUAUUUCUAAAAUAUAUAUUCAGUGCUUAUGGUGAAAGUAUUUUUAUUUCCUUUUUGAUGUCAUUUGUUCUGUAGAGUUGUUGUGUAACAGAAGAGUUACUUUCCAAAAUAAAAUAUCCACCAGCUGAAAACCAGAAGUAUUACUCUCAAGAAACUAAAUGACUGAAAAACCUUUGCGGUGCCAUUUAAAGUGGAGGAAGAUAACUGAAAAAGUUUGAUUGAUGAAUUGAUACCAGUCGGUGCUUUAGAGGUAGUUAAAUAUUGUUUUUAAUGAAAAUGGAUGUAUACAUUUUUGGAAAUUAGCUCUUCAAUUACUUCUGUUUGGUCUAUCUAUAUGAUAAUAGACCCUGUACAGAUGAGCUGCAUUCCACCUAGUUACUCAUCCUGGCUAAUGACAUUUUUACCCAUAGCAACUCCUCUAUGUGCGUGUGUGUGGUACUGAAAGAGCUGUAGAUGUUUUGCAAUCUUCUUCCUGCAUCUUUUGGAAACAUGCACACAUUGCUAAAAGACACUAAAAGGGUAGACUAUCCUGUGUGUAACAUUACUUUACUGCUAUAUCUCCAAGACACCAUCCAGCUGGUACUAAAGUCGGAAAAGCUUUUUUCUUAAUUACGACUUGGUGCAGGUCAGAACACAUAAUGAGCUCUAGUGAAAACUGCACAGAGACUUGCAAUUCUUACUUCCUGAGAACUCAAACCUUUCUUAAAUUGGGGCUCUACUGUAUAAUAACCCUUUCUAACAUUAAACAUGUCCAAGAUACAAAAAGAUUUAAUAUUGGGUAAAAAGGAACAGACCCAUUCAUAAGAUAAUCACGUUCAGAAAAUCUCCAAGAUUAUAUUGACUAAAUAGAGACCUCAGACAAAACGCUGGGUUUAAGUGAAUACACAUGAUAACUGUGACACCAAAAUAACUGUUGCAAAUAAAUACUUACAUUUACACAGAAAUACCUUUUAAUAAACAAAAUACAGAGUAAAACCAAUUUAAAUCAAAAUAACAAGUCUGGCUACAACCAAAGUGGGUAGCAGUGUAUUUUUAAAGAGGGCGCGUUGCAAAGCUGAACUGUAUUUAUUCUGAUGCUACAACAAUCUGUGGCUAGUCUCCUAUAAAGUAGCAAUCACUAUUCAGCUAUACACUUUGCAGCUCACUGAAAAUGUGUUUUAUGUAACAAAAUACUUUAUAAAGAGACAUAUUUGCCUAUGAGUAAGGGGAAAUUUAUAUAAUUUAAAUCUAUACACACUAUAACCAACUUUUGAACACCUUUAACAAUUUUGGUGGUAGUAACGUUUCACAAUGAUGGUAAUUGUCUGAACUUUGUCAGUAUACUGUGUUGGCUUUUGCAAUUCCAAAAUCUUUGUUUAGGUUGUGGUCGGAUUCUAUGUAGGUAUAGCCAAUAUCUGGCCAAAAGAGCUACUGCAUUAUGCUGAGUAUUACUCUGCUAAAACUCUGUCCGUCCCUGCCCCCCUCCCGCCCCCCCCUGCUAAUAAAGUUUUCUUGGUAUGUGGGUGUAUGGACAGAUUUAUCAAAAGCGUAAUUACAGUAACAAGUGAAUGUAUAACUGUUUAUUGUUGGUGUAAAAGUGUACGAUCUUAAGCCCUUUGCCUUAUUUUACACUGCCAAUCAAAUGGUGUAUUUCAGGAAGACAUUCUUCAGGAGAUUAUUAUUUCUGACUAAUGAGUGUCUACUAAUAAAUUGUCUUUAGCAUUUUAA